UUAGCUCGUUACCAGCCCUCGUUACGCUAAUGCCACCCCAGUUCCCACCGCCCCUAACGGGCACUAAUGAGCCGGGCUGAGGGUCCCGCUCGGGGGCCGCCCUCAGCCGGGGGUGGGGGGCAGCGCUGCCCGGCGGCUCCGCUUCGGGAGGUGCGAUGAGCAUCGCCCCGGCCUCAGCCCGCGCCGGCGGCGGAGGGGGCCCUUUAAGGCGCGAGCCCGGAGCCGCCCUGACGUCAGCGGGGCGGGCACGCGCGGGCAGCCGCAGCCCCGGCGGUCCCAGCUCCGCCGCCCGCGCCCGAUGCCCGUCCCCGCCUGACGCUGCAGCCGCCGCCGCCGCCAUGGCCGGGGCGCAGGGCUGCGGUGAGGGGAAGAUCGCGGGGCUGUACGACCUGGAGCGCACCCUGGGCAAGGGCCACUUUGCGGUGGUGAAGCUGGCCCGGCACGUCUUCACCGGGCAGCGGGUGGCCGUCAAGGUGAUCGACAAGAGCAAGCUGGCCGGGGAGGCGGCGGGGCAGCUUCUGCAGGAGGUGCGCUGCAUGAAGCUGGUCCAGCACCCCAACGUGGUGCGCCUCUACGAGGUCAUCGACACCCACGCCAAGCUCUACCUCAUCCUGGAGCUGGGCGACGGCGGGGACAUGUUCGACCACAUCAUGCGGCACGAGGGCGGGCUGUCGGAGGCGCGGGCCAAGCACUACUUUGCCCAGAUCGUCCACGCCAUCUCCUACUGCCACAAGCUCCACGUGGUGCACCGCGACCUCAAGCCCGAGAACGUGGUCUUCUUCCAGGAGCAAGGGGUGGUCAAGCUCACCGACUUUGGCUUCAGCAACCGCUUCCAACCCGGCAAGAUGCUCACCACCAGCUGCGGCUCGCUGGCAUAUUCGGCGCCUGAGAUCCUGCUUGGGGACGAGUAUGAUGCCCCGGCUGUCGACAUCUGGAGCCUGGGGGUCAUCCUCUACAUGCUGGUGUGCGGCCACCCCCCCUUUCAGGAGGCCAACGACAGUGAGACCCUCACCAUGAUCAUGGACUGCCGCUACACCGUCCCCCCACACGUCUCGGCACAGUGCGCUGACCUCAUCUCCAGGAUGCUGCAGCGGGACCCGAAGCAGCGAGCCUCCCUGGAGCAGAUCGAGGGCCACGCGUGGCUGCAGGGGGUGGACCCGUCCCCCGCCAGUCGCUGCCUGCUGCCCCUCACCUCCCACAAGCGUGUCUCCGAGGAGGAGCACGAGAUCAUCCUCCAGGCCAUGACCUGCGGGAACAUCGCCGAUCGGGACACCAUCCAGGAGGCGCUGGAGGCUGACCGCUACAACCACAUCACGGCCACCUAUUUCCUGCUGGCGGAGAGGAUGCUGCGGGAGAAGCAGGAGAAGCAGGGCCACCGCCUCAGCCUGGUCUACAACCUGGCCAAGGAGGUGCAGAGCAGGACCAACUUAUCGGACACGUUCGGCCCCGUGGGCAGCACCAGCGGCCUCUUGCCCUUCACAGAGGUGCCAGGCGGCCUCACCACGGGUUCCCGGCUGUCCCUCCUGCCCACUGGAGGGGACAUGGGUGCCCGGCAGCCCCCUGGGACCCUGCUGAAGGUCCCUGCUGUUGACACCGCCAUCACCAAGAGCACGCCGGCCCUGCAGCAGAUCUGCGAGGAGGAAGAGGAGGAGGAUGAGGAGGAGGAGGGGAGGCCCAGUGCCAUGGAGAGGAAGAGCAGCUCGCUCAACCAGGAGCAGAUGCGAGCCUUCCUGCGCACCCGCCGCCUGCCCGGCCGCGGGGAGGUGUGGGGGACGGGGGCUGAGCUGGGGGGACGGGGCGGGCGCCCGGGGGCGGCCUGGGCUGGGAAGGGAGUGAGCGGGGGCCGGGGUCCCCCAGCAAUGCGGGGGGAUGGAGCAAAGCUCCCCAGGAGAGAGGAGGACACAGAGCCCAAGGGCUCCGUGGCAGAGCCCCCCGGGGAAAGGGGAGCUGUCCCCUCGCCGCGGAGCAGCUCUGCUGGGGUCCCCCAGGUGCUGGGGGCAGAGACAACCCCCACCGACAAGUCCCCAGGGCCCGGGUCCCCCGCCAGCCCGGCCCUGGGGGGCACUGAGGGGGCGACAGAGAACGUGAUCAAGCUGGACCCAGGCAAGAGCAAGGGCGCCAGCCUGCGGGACAGGCUCCUGCAGAUCCCGCUCUGCGAGAAAGCCCUGGCCUUCAAAAUCCGGCCGGGCUCCAAGGAGAGCCUCCUCUCCCUGGGGCAGUUCAACUGCUGCCAUGUCAUUUAAGCCCCUGGGAACAAGGGUCCGGCCCCACUGCGGGGUCCGGGACGUGCCCGCUCCCCUGCCUGCGCCCCACGGAGCAGUGGCCACGGGGCUGGCGGGGGACACGAUGCCCCUGCUUUGUCACCUACAGUGGCCACCCCGCUCGCUCCCACCCUGGGCAUCCACUGGGGUGCCUGAGGGCUGGGCUGGGACAGACCCCCGGGACAGGACUGCCCAGGGGGGUGAGGUGGGCUGGGGUCUGUCCCCGCACCGGGCCGACGUGUCCCCAACCCCCCAGGGCUGCUGCGGCCCCGCCGGGGUUGGAUGGACCACGAUGCAUUUUUUUUUAACUACUAGAAAUAACUUUUUUAAAUAGUCUAUUUUAAUGUAAUUAAAUAGAGAUUGCUAUAUCCCCUCACCCACCCCCACUCCCUGGGAUGGCGGCUCCCCGCCCCUCCCCAGCCCCGCAGCGUGCACGGCCCCGGGGCCAGCAGUGGCCAUGGGGCAACCGCUUGCCUGCCUGCAGCCCCCCCCGCCACCGCCGCCGUCCCCCCCCGCCGGGGCCAGGCGCAGCCCUGCCCGCGGCUGCGUGUGACCCGAGGCCUCCCCUGCAAAUAAGCUUCCUAUUUAUUAUCUCUUUGUUUUCUUGCUGGCAAGAAAUGAAUGAGGACGGAGGCGUGGGCCGGAGCUGGGAAGGGAUGGGAGCCGCUGGGAAGCAAAGUUCCAUCGGGCCAAUAAAAUAAGCUCGUGGGU